CUCACACGGAAUUAGGAUCUUCAUUCUAUUUUUUAGGUCUAUAGACUAUAAUAGACAAAACUAAAAGUUGGAUUUAUUGUUGAAGAUUGCAACAUGAUUCUGUAACUAAGUUACCUGAAAAUAAAAUAGUAAGAUACCAAAGUUUGGUUAACUUCAUUAUGUAGUUGUCUUCCACCCAAUCUCUCUUAACAUGUCUACAUUUGAAUCACCUAUUGUGAUUUGGUUUUGCAAAACAGUGCUAAUUUGUGGGGUAGUCCUAUACGUGGCCACCAUUGUCUUUCUCAAUGUAUGUCCAUCUUCCGAUCUUAUCUCUUCUUCAAAAUUCACAGUCUCUCUUCCUGAUAAUUCUCAAUCAAAUGCAUCAUCAACUGUUACACAAAUCAGUAUUAGUGACACUAACAUUAGUCACCUUGUUUUUGGACUUUUGGGAUCAGAAGAAGCAUGGCACCAUAGAAAACCUUAUAUUGAAUCUUGGUGGAGACCAAAUGUUACAAUAGGACUUCUUUUACUAGAUGUUCCUCCUCAAGGCGAAGAUCUUCUCCCAUGGUCCUUAAAUUCACCGCCUUAUAGAUUAUCAGAUGAUGUCCCGAAACUUGUUAAUGAAACUAAUCAUGUUGAUCCACGAGUUUUAAGAAUGGUUCAUGGUAUUAUGGAGGUUGUUAGAGAGGCACAUGAAGGGGUAAGAUGGGUAAUUAUGGGGGACGAUGAUUCAAUAUUUUUCGUGGAUAAUAUGGUUGAUAUUCUUGGGCAAUAUGAUCAUACGAAAUACUAUUACUUUGGAGGACACUCGGAAUUUAUAAUUGCGAAUUCUUUUUUCUCAUUUCAUCAAGCUUUUGGUGGUGCUGGAAUCAUACUGAGUUAUCCAUUGGCUAAAGCAUUUGCGGAAAAUGUGAUGUCUUGCUUAAAGAGAUAUGCUCACUACAAAUCUGCUGAUAAAACUACAAUGAGUUGCACAGCUGAUAUUGGAGUCAAUCUUUCUCCUCUUCAGGGUAUGCAUCAGAUUGAUCUACGAGGUGAUCUAACAGGAUUUCUAUCAUCCCAUCCAAAAUCUUUACUAAUGUCCCUUCACCAUUUUGACACAGUUGAACCAAUUUUUCCCUCUAUGGACCGUGCACAAUCUGCAUAUCACCUCCAAAAUGCUGCAAAAUUUGAUCAAUCCCGCAUGUUACAGCAAACCAUCUGCUUCAAAAGAGCCAACAAUUGGACAUUUUCAGUUUCUUGGGGAUACUCGGCUCAUAUAUACGAGAACAUCAUGCCUAGAAGUUUGAUUAAAAAUCCUAUUGAAACAUUCAAACCAUGGGGUAACAUUACGUUUCCACCACAUUAUUUGUUUGAUACUAGAAAUUUUUCUUGGGAUCCUUGUGAAGCGCCUCAUAUGUAUUUCCUCCAGUCCAUUGUGAAAACACGACGAAAUAAAAUUCUUACAAAAUAUACUAGAGCAUGGCCUCGAGGAAUAGGAGUUUGUUUGCAUGCUGAAAAGUAUCCUGCGGAGUAUGUUAAUGAAAUUCAUGUUUACUCACCAGCGACAAAACGCAUCCAGAUUGAUAGAUGUGAAUGUUGUGACAUAAUUCAUAAGGCUGGAUCCUUUAAAGCUGCUAUCAAGUAUAGAGAAUGCGGGAUAAAUGAGAUAAUAGCUUGAUCAAGUUGAUGUAUAAGCAUUUUUGUUACUUUUGUUUAAUUACCAUUAAAAGUAUGACCAUCCGCUUUGUCUCUUGUACGCAUCUUUUUUUUCUUAAAGAAAAAUACAGAAAUUUAACAAAACAUUACCCAACAAGGAAAUAAAGUAUUCACAAGAAAAUCUCGAAGUAAGAUAAAAUAAAUAUUUAAAUGAAGUCUUUAAUUAUAUGCGUGGAUCCACAUUCUAUGUAAGUAUACUGUAUACAUAUUUUAUGCGAUGAUGAGGUGGAUGUUGAGUGUGUGUACUAGAGAAAAUUUAUAACAAGGACUCUUAUUGUAUAGAAAAAAAGAUGGAUAUGUACUCAUUGAUACAAUGUUUGAUAAUAAUAAAAGUAAUAUUAGUAUAUGUGUA